AUGGCGACGGGCUCCCGGAGAGCCCUCUGUGGCGCUCAACUCUUUAUGCGCCUGAUCCAGAUGGCCUGCGCCGUCGUCGUCCUCGCCAUAUUCUGCUACUUCCUCGCAACCCUUGCCGGAUAUAACUAUCGCAUCGGGUUCUGGGUCAAAGCUGUGACGGGUGUCUCUGCCGCCGGCAUAUUCUACACCUUCGUGGCCUUGCUAUUCCUUUGCUGCGCUCCAGGGCAUCCCUUCCCGUCCAUUCUCAUGAUAUUGCUCGAUCUUGGCUUCCUCGCCGGAUUCCUCUAUGUGGCAAUUGUCAACCGUGGAGGAGGAGGCUCUUGUGUCGGGGAAGUCAAGACGGCAUUCGGUCGGGGUAAAGCCGACUCCAACGUGCUUGACCAGGACGAGGACGACAAAACCUCGACGUUGCCACUGUCUCUGGGGUUGGCUUGCAGGUUGCAGAAGGCGUGUUUGGCUGUGUCGAUCAUCGCCACCAUCCUCUACCUCUUCUCAACCUUCGUUGGCGCUUGCUUGAUCCACCAGCGCAGCAAGGAGAAGCGUGGCCCGCUUCCACCAACCGACUAUAGCUCGGGCUCCGGCGGGCAACGCGAGCGGGUCGGCAUGUUCGGCCGCAAGGGUACGGGCAACUCGGCCCAAAAUCCCAAUAUCUUGCCGGCACAUACCGCCCCGGACGACGUGCGCGAUAGCUUCGCGACCGAGCAGACACGCGUGGGCAGUAGCGGCUACGGCGGUUUUGGUGAUGGGGCGGGCAAGUACGACAACGUACCCAUGACGGGAUUCCCGAAUGCAAACGGCGGGUAUCCCUAUGACACCAAUGGUGGGGUGUUUCGCUGA